AUGAAGGUUAAACUGAAGAAGUCCGUGGACAUUCCCCAGGAAAUAAAGGCCUUCACAGAUCGCGUCCUCGCCACGCCCCUGGAAAGGAUCGCGGAGGCGCUGGCCGGCUUCGUGUGGAAGUACGAGAAGGGCGACUUCUACCACUGGGUGCCCCUGUUCAACCGGUUCGAUGAGUUCUUUGAUGAGAACGUGCGGUCCCGACCCGACCUGAGCCUGAACUCUGCGGGCGGGGGAGAGGCCAUCCCGCCCUUCCCCACGGCCAACACUCUCGCCUUGCUGAAGGUCACGGCCAGGAUCCUGGAGAACUGCACCAACAAGCACUUGUACCAGUCCUAUGAGCACCUCACUGCGUUGCUUGCGGCACCUGAUAAAGAGGUCGUGGUGGGGGCACUGGCGGCUUUGGUGGCCUUCCUACGGAAAACACAUCACUCAAGCGUGCGGUUUCAUGGCCACCCACAGUUGAAUGCCCGGCUCUUCGACCUCUGUAGAGGCUGGGGUGGAAAAGAAGAGGGCCUUGAUCUUGUAGCUUGUGCCAAUCGGGAUGAGAGCCACAUCGAGAAGUUUGUGUCCAAGGGCACGACCCUACAUUUCGAUUUCUAUGUGGAAACGGCACCCGAUGUGGCUGCAGAAGAUGGCGAAAGCAGGGGUGCAGGGGGUCUGCAAGUCAUUCACAUCCCGGGCUUGCACAAGAUCGGAGAGACUGAGCACGAGCUGUUGAGGAGACUGGUCGAGAAGCAUGAUGUGCCACAGGAGUUGAGGUUCCGCCUCCUGACACGAAUUCGAAUAGCCCAGGCGUUUGGAACUUUGGAAGGCAGGCGCCACCUGGUCAGGGUCAGACUGAUGGCAUUCUGUGUGCUUUUCCAAUCCAACCCACUGCAUGGUGACAUGCUCUCUUUCUUCAUGUCAGAGCCUGAGUUCAUGAACGAGCUGGUUGGCCUAGUGCAAGCUGAGGAGGGCGUGCCCCUUGAACUGCGCACAUACGCAGUCCGGGCGCUGGCUGUACAACUGGUCGACCGCUCACGGCACUCAGCUGUGAUCAACGCAAUUGGUGUUGGGGGCCAGAAUGGUGUGCUGUCCAUCCUGAUGCAGGACUCCAUAGAUGACAUAACGUCCAGCAGCAGUGACGCAAAGCCCAAGUACAAUGCCCAUUUUGUUGAGGCCCUGUUGUCCCUUGUUGGGGCAUUGGUGUCGUCCUCUUCAGGCAGCGUGGCACUGUCAGAGGCAGGACUCAUCCCCACGCUGCUGCCACUGAUUCAAAACACCAACCCUGCACAUGUGAGCCUGGUCUGCACGGCCGUGAAGAUCUUGGAGGCGUUCAUGGACUUCAGCUCCUCGGCGUCGGCAAUGUUCCGCGGCCUUGGUGGGCUGACGUACAUGAUAAAGAGGCUGGAGUUUGAGGUGGGCCUUGAGGGGGGGGAUCCCUCCACUGUGGGCCCAUCAGCCAGCUCUCAGGGCUCGGAUCCAUUCCUGCAAGAAACGAAACGGCAGAAGCCCUCCGGUGCCGAUGGCACAGUGAAACAGAUUCCCUAUGCCUGCCGGCUCCUGUUGAAGUCCCUCCUGAGGGCAAUCACGCUGGCCAGUUAUGCGCCCUCCAGUGGGACUGGCACCCGUCCCAAUGAUGCCGACUCACUGCUGCUGUACAAGUGCCUGGAGACCAUGUUCUUGCGGGCGAGGGAGUUUGGCGGGGCCCUGUUCGCCCUGGCAGCCUCAGUUGUCACUGACCUCAUCCACCACGACCCGCUGUGCUUCCGGUCCCUGCACGAGGCUGGCGUGCCUGACGCCUUCCUCAAGGCUGUCAAGGCUGGAGUCAUCCCCUCCAGUGAAGCUGUGUACUGUGUGCCCAACACCCUGGUGGCACUGUGCCUCAACAACGUGGGGUUGGGCCGUGUGCGGGACACCCAUGCGCUGGACUGCCUGGUCACAGUGUUCACCUCCCGAUACUACCUGCGGGCCCUGUCGGGGGACACAGCCAACAUACUGGGGGCAGGGGUGGACGAGCUGCUGCGCCAUGUGCCCUCAUUGAAGGAAGAAGUGAUUGAUGUGGUUGUUGCGAUCUUCCGGGCGCUGUGCAUACUGGGGGGCGAUUCGGAGUUGCUGGCGCAGGAGGAAGCCGCUGUGAGGGAGGCAGAAGCGAAGGAGCAGGAAGCCAUGGACACCGACAGCCGCCCGAGCAUGGAGUCUGGGGAGGUGGCUGCUGGGGACGUGGACAUGGGAACGUCUGAGGAGCCCUGUGACAGCACUGCAGUUGGGGCGUCCAGAGGGCAAGGUUCGCUUGGGGGUGCCAGCAUCAGCAGCAGCCCUGUGCGGCGGAGAGUUCCCAUUCCUAGCGAGGUGCUUGAGCGGGGAAAGGAGCAGAAUUCCGACCUGUGCCUACCUGAAUACAUUAGCCAUGCAGCCAAGAUGCUUGAGUCACUACUGUCAAACCAGGACAGUAGUCGUCGGCUGGUGGAGAACGGGGGUGUAGAUUUGCUGCUGAGGCUAUACAGGCUGCCCCGCAUGCCACCCGCCUUUGGCUCUUCCUCCCAGUCGCACCCAUUGAUGUCCAUAUUCCGACCGCUGGCACCCAACCACUCACAAGUGCUGCCCAAGAAGGUGAAGCAGGCUCUGGCAGCGCAACUGGAUGAUGCACUGAAGGCAGCAGAG